GGGGUUUUCCAAAAUAUGACAAUAAAGGAGGUCGAGGAGCCCCAGGAAUCCCCAUCCGACGAUGUAUUCUUGAUCAACAUCCAGUUCCACAAAACCAACCAAAAUGUUUGGCCCAGCACAGAUAGCCGUAACCAGGGAGGAGUACGAAUGGAUGCAGCGCUUUCUCAAAAUAAGGAGAAGACUUCCUGGUGGCAGCACUGCCCAAUACUUUUUUUUUACUUCUACGCCAAACGUCUGCAAAAAGCUCGUGACAUACUUCCGUAGCGCUUGGAAGGCGAUGGGCCUUCCAGGCAGCCCAAACUUCACUGACAUCAGAACCUCAAUCGCCAGUCAUGCCAAAUUCACUCAUUCGGAAGACAACAGAAUGAAAAUUGCAAAAUUCAUGUGUCACGAUGUUCAGACGGCCGACAGGUUUUAUGUGACUAACUUGUCGGUCAAGCAGGCUGUUGAGCACCGGAUGCUUUUUGAGGCUGCGCUGAAAGGGGAGGAUGACAGUACAGCAGGGGUCAAGCGAGUGCGCCCUGGCCGGAAAACUGACAAACCAAGGAAGAGGCUGAAGGCAUCUGAAGAAGCCUCGGGUGACACAUCAGGCUCUCCUGAAAUGAGUCCCGAGACCAGCCAGGGUAAAGAGGGCCUGUCCGAAGGUGAUGCACAAGGGCAGAGUGGAGAAGGCAGCCAGGAGGGUUCACCAGUCCCCUCGCCCAAAAAAACCCCGAUUGUUGUGAUUCCCCCGUUGAGGUCAAAAAGAAAAACAUUGAGACCACGCCGCAUUUCACCCAUAAGGGUCGAGAAGGGUAAAGAGGGCCUGUCCGAAGGUGAUGCACCAGGGCAGAGUGGAGAAGGCUCAGCGACAAGCAGACAGGAGGGUUUGCCAGUCCCCUCGCCAAAAAACACCACGACUGUUGUGAUUUCCCCGUUGCAGUCAAUAAGAAAUAAAUUGAGACCACGCCGCAUUUCACCCAUAAAUGUCGAGAAGGUUAAAAAAAUGGCCCAGCUGAAGAAUGUCAACGAGAAGGUGAGGAGGGCCAUUAGAAAGCGACGUGUGAAAAACUAAAGCAUUUUUGCUCCCCCUUUCCCUC